AUGGCGUCUCUAAAAGAUCCUAUAUCUAAUGCUUUAACGACGGCUCAGAAAGUAGCCAUCAAGAAUGUUCGAGUUUUCCAUGGCGAGCAACUCACCGCGCCCACGUCAGUCGUGAUUGAUGGUGGAGUCAUCGUGUCAGAUGCUACUGGAGCACAGGAGAUUGACGGUGCCAAUGGCGUUCUCAUUCCGGGACUGAUCGAUUCGCACGUCCACCUGGAAGGCGAACGACAUCUGCAACGAAUGGCCGACUGGGGUGUAACCACAGCCUUGGGGAUGGGAGAGUGGUGGACAGAGAAGUUACACGCACUACGUAACCGUGAAGGCCUUACCGACAUCCGAAGCGCAUGUAUUCCCGCGACAACGCCCGGAAGUCUUCACAGCAAGCUACUCCCGAUUCCUCCAGAAACCCUCGUUUCCGGACCAGGAGAUGCUUCGAGCUUUGUGAGAGACCGGCUAGCCGAGGGGGCAGACUACAUCAAAGUUAUUGCCGACCUUCCAGGGCCGGAUCAGCCAAUGCUGGAUGCCCUGGUCUCUGCAGCUCAUGAACAAGGGAAGCUCGUGAUUACCCAUGCAGCGACAUAUAUUCCCUUCACAAUGGCGCUUGAGGCAAGGUCAGACGUCAUCACGCAUGUCCCGCGGGAUAAGGCACUUGGCGAUGAGUCUGUGGCACGCAUGAUGACUGACAAGACGGUAUCCGUCCCUACCCUAACCAUGAUGGAAACUAUAUGCAAGCCUCUAGGAUGGAGCGCCAUAGUGCGACUGUUGUUUCAACCCUCACUCCUGUGGACCGUCAUCAAGGGCAGGAGAUGGUUUAUCGGGACUGAAUCGUACGGGCAUUGCAAAGAGUCAGUUAUGCGUCUAUACAGUGCUGGUGUGCCUGUGUUGGUGGGGACAGAUUCAAACGAGGAGGAAGACUCACCGUUUCAGAUCCGCCACGGAGAGGCUUUACACCAUGAAUUGGAGCUCCUGGUUGAGGCCGGCAUGUCGACGGUUGACGCCUUGCGGGCGGCAACGUCUCUACCCGCGAAGAGCUUUGGACUUAGUGAUCGUGGGGUGAUUGAGCCAGGGAAACGAGCCGAUUUGGUGCUCCUCCGUGAUGACCCCAUCAAAGACAUUCGAGCAACGCGUUCAAUCCAGCGAGUUUGGUGUGGGGGAAUUGAACAUAACAGAAACUAA